AUGUUACGCUGCAGUCGUGCCCUGAGAUUGAACUACCGGGAGGUGUUGCGCAGGUCGCUGGCCACUGACGCCGGCGCCUCGACCAGCUCCGUCGCCGCGACGGAGCUGUCCAGUGGUCUGACCGUCGUCUCCAGGUGUAUCCCACAGGCUUUGACCGAAUCGUACACCCUACAGUUCAAUAACGCCGGGUCCGUAGUCGAAACACCGUACAAUAACGGUGUUGCUAACCUGUGGUCGCACGCGUUCAAAGUGUCCGCCCCGGAACUGGCACUGCGUUCAAGAGUCAACAGAGAGACUCAAUGGUUCUCCGUCGACACCGUCGCUGGGAAGAGCGGAUCCGCAAACAGCGCACUGGCCCAUUUGGAGCAGUUUUGGAAACAGGAGUUGCCCCUGGAGAGAGCAAGGGACGCUACGUUGCAACAGCUGGCUACACUGGAGAACCAUAAACAACACAAAGCUGUCAAGGAACAUCUACAUUCAACCGCGUUCCAGAACACACCGCUGGCGCUACCGAGGAGAGGGAUCUCCGAGAACGUAGAACAACUCACGUUGCAAGACACAAAGGAGUUCGCCAGUAAAGUGUACACCGCUGCAAACGCAACAGUGUACGUCACGGGACCACAGCAGCACGAACUUGUCGUAGAACAAGUGCAAAGACAGCUCAGUUUGCCCACUGCUGGGGUCCGGGCCGCCACCAGGGAGAGACCAGCAAAAUCAACUUUCUUAGGGUCAGAGGUCCGCCUCAGAGAUGACACUCUGCCAAAGGCAUGGGUCGCCAUCGCCGUCGAGUCUGAACCGAUAGGGUCUCCGGAUUUCCUCGUCGCUGAGACCGCGGCACAGAUAUUCGGCUCGUACAACGCCCACGAACCACAGUCGAGACAGCAGGGGAUCAAACUACUGGAUAACAUCCAGGAGUACCAGCUCUGCGAGUCCUUCUCCCACUUCAAUUACUCUUACAGGGACACCGGGCUAUGGGGGGUCGUCACGCAAACUCCCAAUGUCAUGGGUGUAGACGAUCUCGUCCAUUUCACUUUGAAACAGUGGAAUAGACUCUCCGUAUCCAUCACGGAGACGGAACUGGAGAGGGGCAAAGCAAUGCUCAAGUUGAAACUCGGGUUGCAGAACCCACUGGACUCGACUACACUCGCCAGGAACGAGUACUUGCGUAUCCCAUCCGCGGACAUCAAACAGGUGUACGCGAAGAUCGACGCAAUUACAGUCAAGGACUUGAAGAAGUGGGCCAACAAAAGACUGUGGGACCAGGAUAUCGCCAUAGCAGGGAUGGGCCAGAUCGAGGGACUGUUGGACUACAUGAGAAUAAGAAACGACAUGUCCAUGAUGAGAUGGUGA